CCAUGGCAUCAGACUCCCUAUGCCUAGUCCCUCCACUGGUGGGCGUUGCGGCCAGUGACGGGUUGGCGCACUCUGGGAGAGCGCUCACCAUGGCGCUUUCGCCGCGCGACGACUCAGUGGCAGUCUAUUCGCGUCCUAUAAUUCAAGCACCAGGAAACCCCGCUGGCCAGGUAGAAGCUGGCGAGAACCAUGUAUACUUCGCGAGCAUGCAACUUGCGCCGUCGACCGAGCGGCGAAAUUUUGUAACAGAUACAUGGAUUGCAUACACCGCACUACGUGAGGUUUCGGAAACGGAAGGCGCGCUCCCACACGUGGCCAAGGGUUAUGCACAAGCAGUUCGCAAGAUGGUUAGAGACUAUGUCAAUCUCACGAGGGUAAACUGGCAGGAGACAUCGAAAGCUGACGUGAAGCCACAAUUUAGUAGCGAACACUACCGCUGUCUUCACACGUCUUUUUCCCUCUUCGAAGUCCUCUAUCUACCCGAUUAUGAUUUCACUGAAGUGGAAGAAGCUCAGUGCGGAGAAGAGAUCAUGGAAUGGCUUAACACGCAUUUCAUCGAACCCUCGACAGAAGAAGGGGUUCAGCUUAGUAGCUUAGAGAAACCUUGGGAGGAUGAGAAUUUUUGGCCGUACAUCACAAGGACAACUCUUCGCGGCCUCUCCGAGGCAUCGGUGUUCUUCUUGAAUAUCCUUACAGAAUCUCACCCUUCUGCGACUCUGCGGGAGUUCUCUGCGAGACUUACUGCUCAUAUCAGAUCACAACCCCGCCAUCACAACCACACUCUUGAAAAGGACAUGGUGCGGGCCUGGAGACGUUGGGUGGAUGAGGUCAAGACGAUGCGCAUCCAGCUAGAUCAUGUUCCCGAAGAUGAUCGGUACGAUGGGUACGAGAACUGGUGGGAUCGGCUGAGUCAGAUUGUUGGUAUUCUGGAAGGGCGCCAAGAAGUGGUUAGACGCGUAUGUGCCGAACUAGGUGGGGACUGGAAGGAAGUCAUCGCCGCCUGGGGCGUGUUCGUGGACCCCCGCCUCAGGAGACGUCGCCUACAAGAGUUAGCUGCUAUGAUAUUCGAGGAAUUUCCACCAGACCCGACGAACCACGAAGAUAUGAUACACGCCUCUCUGUUCUCUGGGAACCUAGAGGAGGCGCUGGAGUAUGCCUCUCAGCUGGAUACUUGGCUCGCAGCACACCUGGCUGACACCAUGAAGAUCGUCAGCAUCCUUGAUUCCGUGGUUGAUGAUAACGAUCUCUCCAUACGUGAUCGAUAUGUGUUGCAAUACGCCGAAUAUCUUCGAUCUGACGCUGCGCUAUGGCGACUCACGCCCUCCUAUUUUUGUUCUUGCGGGGAAAUCGGGAAAGAAAGAGCGGAUCAAGUUCUGCUGCGCGUACCACUGAAACCUGGGCGAAGUGGUCUUGAGGAACCCGGUCUGCACAAAAACGCGCCAGAACGAGAAAGAUCACUCGGCGACACUUUGCGAGAGAUAACAGAAAUCUGCCACUUGUAUAAACGAGAAGCGGUUCGGAGAACUAUUUGUCGCAUUGGGGCGCAAUUACUCGUACAACAAAAACAGUUCGCCGAGGCAAUCUCAUUUGCGGCAUCUGGAGAGGAUUGGCCUGGUCUUGGUCGGAUUGUUGAUCAGAUCUUGCAAGAAUAUAUCGAUCAUGGACCUGUUGUAUUCGCUCGAUUAGUCGGCAAGACCAUACCCUUUCUCGAGCCUCUAGACAUGAAUGGUAAAGGGCGUGUCAUCUUCAUCCGUCGCCUUGAAUUUGCAAAUCGAUAUGCCGAAUUUCAUCAACGCCGAUUGAGCGGCGAUGUUACCGGAGCCGCCUUGGACCUCAUCGCGAUGUUUGAACAGGACGUCGUUCCCAAUUCGUGGUGGGCCGUUGUUCUAUGUGACUCCAUUGAGCUCUUACAGCAUGGAACGCUCCCGUUCUCAUCCUGGGAGGCAUGCCUCCUGAUGCGGAAAUUGGAAGAGAUCUACCUUCGAACAUCUCAAGGAUCCGGCGACGAUUAUCUACCGAUCAUCACGCGUAUAAAAGCUGGAGGAGAAAAGGAAGCGCUUCGCCAACUCCAGUUCGUGCGGCUUGCACUUACCCAGUACUACGCACGAUGUGCGGUGCUUGGAGUCGGCGGAAAAGAUAGUUAUUCGGUGCCACGGAUUGUCGUUUGAUGUAGAGGGUGCGGACGCUGGGUCAACAUAACUACCGUCAACGGCGUAGUACGUGCCUGAAUGCGUUAAUAAU